AUGCCGCUACACUGCUGCUCUCCGAGACUUCACACGCGCGUCCCUCCGAGCGCUGCCAACACAAACACCCGAUUUCAGACAUCCCCGCCUCGCCCCGACCCCGUCACACGGCGCGGCCGCGGCCCCUCCCGCCUGCGGGACGCGGCGAUGCUGGACCAGGGGCGAGGGAACACAUUUCUUCCCUCUCCCCGAUGCUCAGGUGCGCCGUCCCGUCCCUCCGCAGCCCUGAGCCCUUUCCUGCUUCCCCAAGAAGGAAGGGGGCACCUUCCCGUUCCUCCAGCACCGCCACACUCCGGGCUUAACGAUGCCGACGGCCUCUCCGCCUCAGGGAGCCGGCCGUGCCCGGGGGCGCGGAGACGGCCCCCGCCGCCACCUCCGGCGGUGCCCGGCGGGCCCGGGGCCGCGCCCGGAGGGAGCGGGCCCGGCGGCGGCGGCGCGCGGGAGCGCCGCCACCAGCGCCAUCCUUCCCCCUCCCGCCCCUCCGCUCGGACAAACCUCCGACCGCCGCUUCCUCUCGCGCCCGGCCGUCCCGACCGCGGGCGCCCGCGGGGAAGCGGUGGGGGAGGAAGAGGAUGCGGCGGCGGAUCCCGUCUCUCUCCCGGGCUGCGGAGGCGGCGGCGGCCCCUGGGCGCGCAGGCGCUGCUGCCGUUGCCGCCGCCCCCCACCUCUUCCUCCCCCUCCCCCUCCUCGCCCGCCCGCCGUUACGGAGCGCCGCGCCCGCCCCGUCUGCGCAUGCGAGGCGCGAGGCGCGGGGGGGCGGCCGGGCCCGCCCCCGGGUUCCUGUCCCUUCUGCCGCCCGCGAGCGCCCCCUGCCCGCGCGCCCCGGCAGCGGCGCCCCCCGCGGGACGGGGCGGGGCCCCGCGCCCCCUGCCGGAGCAGCGGCCCCAGAGCCGCGGAAUCCAGCGGCUCGGGAGAGACGCCGGCACCUCCGGCGGCGACCGGCAACGGAGCCGGGCACCGAGUGCCGUGCAGUCAGACACCUCCCGGGACGGUGACUCCGCCACCGCCCUGGGCAGCCCGCCCCAAAGUCUAAUCGCUCCUUCUGUGAAGAAAUUCCUCCUAAUGUCCAACUAA